CAUUUCUAAUCUUCGAUCUUCGCGCGCGCCCCAGAUGUGCGUGUUCACUACACCCACGCGCACGGACGCGCGCACGCAGCAGCGUCUCAUUGAAGCAGAGCGGAGCCCAAGAGGAGCGAAACAUGGCGACCUCGAAUAAUCCGCGAAAAUUCAGCGAAAAGAUCGCGUUACACAACCAGAAGCAAGCGGAAGAGACAGCUGCGUUCGAGGAGGUGAUGAAAGACCUGAGCAUUACUCGCGCGGCGCGUUUACAAUUACAGAAGACUCAGUAUUUACAGCUCGGUCAGAACCGAGGACAGUACUAUGGUGGCUCUUUGCCAAAUGUCAAUCAGAUUGGAAACACCACCAUUGACCUUCCCUUUCAGACUCCUUUUCAGAAUUCAGGAUUGGACACAAGCAGAACAACUCGUCACCAUGGGCUGGUGGACAGGGUCUACCGGGACAGGAAUCGCAUCACGUCACCACACCGCAGACCUCUCUCUGUGGACAAACAUGGCCGUCAAAUUGAUAGCUGUCCGUACGCCUCUGUGUAUCUGUCACCCCCACCUGAUACCAGCUGGAGGAGGACCAACUCAGACUCUGCCCUGCAUCAGAGCACUUUGAACCCAAACCCACAAGAUGCUUUUGCAGGAGGGUCUCAAGAUUUUCAGCCAAAACAAGUUCUUCUUCUCACUAUGCCAGGAACAGGGGACCCUGAACGUGACAUGGACAAAGAAGGUCAAAAGCAGAUAUGGGAUCACAAAAAGACUACUUCAAGGCCCAAGUCAAACAAAAUACCUGGAAUCAACAUAUUUCCAUCUCCAGAUCAGGAAAUGACUGUAUCUCUAAUCCCAGUGGCACACAACACGGGCGGCUCUCUGCCAGACCUGACCAAUAUCCAGAUUCCCCCUCCUCUCCCCACACCCCUGGACCCUGAUGACUCCUCGUCCUCUCUCAGUGCCUCCAACAGCACUGGCAACCUGGCCAACACUCACAUGGGCCUCACGUCUGUCAGCCAAGCCCAGCCCACAGCGACAGUGAGCAUUCAGCGCCGCCAUGAGAAUGUAGUUCCCCUGAUCCUCAACACAGACUCCCAGCAGCACCCGAGUCUUCAGCAGCUGUCGCCCACCCUCUCUCCUCCGCUCUCUCUCGCACAGGCGGUGGCGAUAGACGCCAUGACGCUGGAGCAGCAGUUGGCUCAGUAUGCGUUCUUCAGUCAGCCGUCCACACAGACACAGGGGGUCGGUGGGCUUCCUCAGCUCCAGCAGAACACCCAGCUGCCACCUGUCUCUGGCAGCCAGACGCAAACCUCUGUGGGCAUUGAUAUUAACACGGCUGCUUCCCUCCAGCAGUACCGCUGUAGGGUGGGGUCUUCGGCCAAUCAGUCUCCAACCUCUCCGGUCUCCAAUCAAGGCUUCUCUCCGGGGGGCUCGCCUCAACACUCAUCCAUUCUCGGAAGUGUCUUUGGUGAUGCCUUUUAUGACCAGCAGCUGUCCCCUCGGCAGACCAGCGCUUUGUCUCAGCAGCUGGAGCAGUUUAACAUGAUUGAGAAUCCCAUCAGCUCAAACAGUCUGUACACUGAGGGAUCCACUCUAAACUACUCUCAAGCUGCGAUGCUAAACCUCACCGGGAGCCACGGCAGCCUGCAGGACGCGCAGCAGCUAGGCUACAGCAGCCAUGGGAACAUCCCCAACAUCAUUCUCACAGUUGCAGGAGAAUCUCCCCUGAGCCUAUACAAAGAGUUGUUCAACUCUCUGACAGGUGACGUGAGCUUUGACGCAGAUUCCCAGUUCCCUCUGGAUGAGCUGAAAAUCGAUCCGCUGACGCUGGACGGUCUGCACAUGCUCAACGAUCCAGACAUGGUUCUGGCCGACACUGCAACAGAAGAUGCUUUCCGGAUGGACAGGCUGUAAUCUUUAGGUAUACGAUGUUCAUUUGUCCUUCUUUGAGAUUGGUGUGUUUAAAUGGGAGAGAAGCAGCAUGUCUGGGGGACACUUGACCCUGUUUCUCAAAGCCCAUCCUCUGGAAAGAGAUUGCUGAGAAUGCUGUCGCAGCAUGCUAGGGGAAAAAUGGGAAAACAGUGCUGCCACAUCUAAUGAAUCAACCUUUUGAGCAAGCAGCCCAUCGUUUCUUAGGAUAAUACACUCACACCUCAGCAAUUGUGGUUCCUUUAACUCUAUAGAGAGAAUGUGACACUACAUAAGAUCCCUCAACGUUCAAACAUGUGUUCUUCCAUUUCAUUUCCUCCUCCUUAUGCCUGCCAUACAUGCCUGUUACUUUCCUUUUUCUUUAAAUACGAAUAUUUAGUUAUGCACUUUUAUACAUGCACAUGCCACCAAAAACAUCGUUUAUGAUCCGUUUUUAAUUUAUUUUCCUAUACAAAUAUUUCUUGCUUGUAAAAGCAUUAAUGGUUAAAAAGGAGUGUUAAUCCUCCCCAUUUUAAGGGCAGCUUUCAUGCACCUGCAACAUGUCAACACUAAUGUACUUCAGUGCAGUCUGAACAUAAUGAUUGUAAUGUUUUAUAGAUGUCUAGUUUUGUCACAUUGUGCUCAGAUAGUGGUACAGUGCUAAUGUGGCUCAAGAUGAUCAAAUUCAUCUGGCUGAAAAGUGUACAACUGAAAAACUUAAUAUCAAAAGACACAUUUACACGUUUAAUGGGAUUAUUCAUUCAAAAAUGAAAGUUCUGUCAUCAUUUGCUCACACUCGUGUUGUUUCAAGCCUGCAUGACUUUGAUUUAUUUUAUUUGUGUCCAUACAUUAAAGCAAACCAUUUGGACCCCAUUGACUUUCAUUGUUUUGGAAAAAAGAGGAAUUCUUUGUGUUACACAAAAAUAGAAACUCAUACAGGUUUGGAACGACAUGAGAGUGAGUAAAUGAUGACAGAACCUUUCAUUUUUGGGUGAACUAUCCCUUUAAAAUGUGCAGUAUAUGCACACAAACAAUGUAAAAGGCAGUAGCUAGUGAACAACUGCCUUGCGAUUUGUUAUGCAUUAGGAAACCUUUUCAUGCCAGUAAUAUGGUGUUUUAAAUCAACUUGUAUAUUAAAUGUACAGUAUGUAGUGCUACAGUAUGGCCUAUAAUCUCAGCCAUGGUAACCGGUACAGUCAAAAUGAUGCUACAAACUUUACUUGUUAGUUCCUCGGUUUACUCUGAAAGAAACACAAAGACAGUAUGUGGCCAUGAUGAUCGUUUGCAUAUAUGUAUCAGAACUAUUCACUGUGAUAACCAGAUUCUGCCUUACACUGAAGAUGCAGUUUUUGUCCGUUUUGUUCUCCGUAGCUGAAGGUGUUUUCUGGUACGGUAAAAGUUGCUGUAACUCACAAGGUUGUCCUGGCACACAGUUCUCAUUCAUCUACUGGUGGCUUUGUGAUGUGAUAUGUGCCCAAACGGGGAGGUUUACUACUCUUUUUAAAUCCUGUCACUUUCAUCUUUUUCUCAUAUUUCUCAGACUUUUAUACUCUUACCACUUUUGUAAGUGUGAGAAUUUUGUUUACAAUUUGAAAACAUUAAUACGAUCUUAAUGUUUAAAUUAUUGAAA